ACUUUCGUCACGGUUGAUUCCGCAUUCGUCCAAAACAGAGGCUCCUACAUGGUCCUCCCGUGAUGAAUACCUUCCGCGAUGUAAGGAAAUACAUCGGCUACCAACGGCUCUCCAGCGGCGAUCUCGUCUCCGAUGACGACUCCAGAGAUGCGGGGGGUCCUUCCGAUCCGGCUCCUCAGCUCUCGGACUACAUAAUAAUUGAGAGUCGCAAAUCUCAGGUGGCUCCAAUUGAUCCGGUGGUACCGAGAGGUAGCCAUUUGACGAAGUCUUCCAGCUCUAGUUUCGAGGACGACGAACUGUGGACGGUGACUGUGGACGUGGAUGCUGGGAGCAUGGAGAAAACGUCGGGAAGAUUGAGCGACAGGAAAUCGAUAUUCAGAAAAGAGGAAAUAGAGAAAGAGUUGGAGGCCACGAAGGCCAACUUGCAACGCGAGCAAAAGAAGAGAGAGCAACUAGAAGAAUCUUUGAGACGAUUGAAGACCAAAACUGGGAGAUCGGCGAGCACAAUUUCCGAACCAGGAUGUAUCGUAGAUACGAUUUCACCGAAGGAUUUGUUGUACGCUUACACCAAUGAAUUGACUCUGCGCGUGAGCUCCCAACUGCAGCUCGAUGGAAGGGAUUAUCUCAUCGAAAAGAUGCGGAGAGCACACUCCGACGACGAAUCUGAACCGGUAGAAGCCUGGUUCGAUAUAUCGACUUCACAGAAUGGUCGAAACGGCUGGCAUAGACGCUACAUUGCACUCUCCGCAACGAAACUACUUUUCUACGAGUCUCCAGAGGACUUUUUGCAGAAGAAACCCUCGAGAGUCAUCCGACUUGACAUGCUGAUCACAGUGAGGAAUAUCAUCACCGACACAGAAGGUCGCAUUUCGAUCGCCAACAGCAAUGCUCAAUGGUACUCCAUUCGAACGAUAGAAUCCCGCAAUCUCUGACCAAGACGGUCCGAGAAAUAUAGCUGGCGCUCUCA